GAGAAACCAGCAGCAAUGUCUUCUUCCCAUUUAGCAAUGUGGACGUCUCCCAAACCCUCCCUCUCCCCCGAUCUCGACUCCCUCUCCUCCUGCCCUCGCUCCCCCUUCCUCCGCUCCGCCCCCAACCCUUUCCAUUCCCCUUCCCGUCCCUCCACCGCCAUUCACUGUGGCCUGCGUGAGCUCCGCGAUCGCAUCGACUCCGUCAAGAACACCCAAAAGAUCACUGAGGCCAUGAAGCUUGUCGCCGCCGCCAAGGUCCGUCGUGCCCAGGAAGCCGUCGUCAGUGGCCGCCCUUUCUCCGAAACCCUCGUCGAAGUACUCUACAACAUCAACGAGCAGCUCCAGACUGACGAUAUCGAUGUCCCUCUUACCAAGGUCCGCCCCGUCAAGAAGAUCGCUCUUGUUGUCGUCACCGGCGAUCGUGGCCUUUGUGGUGGUUUCAACAACGCCAUCAUCAAGAAGGCUGAAUCCCGCAUCGCAGAGCUCAAAACUCUCGGCCUUGACUACACCAUCAUCAGCGUCGGCAAGAAGGGCAACGCCUACUUCAUUCGCCGCCCUUACAUCCCCGUCGACCGAUUCAUCGAGGGUGGUUCUCUUCCCACCACCAAGGAUGCCCAGGCCAUCGCCGAUGACGUCUUCUCCCUGUUCGUCAGCGAGGAGGUCGACAAGGUGGAGCUCCUCUACACCAAGUUCGUCUCUUUGGUGAAAUCCGACCCGGUGAUCCACACGCUGCUGCCGCUGUCCCCCAAGGGAGAGAUCUGCGACAUCAAUGGCGUGUGUGUGGACGCAGCCGAGGACGAGCUCUUCCGCCUCACCACAAAAGAAGGAAAGCUGACAGUGGAGCGAGAGACAGUCCGCACCCCAACCCCAGCCUUCUCCCCAAUCCUCCAGUUCGAGCAGGACCCCGUCCAGAUCCUUGACGCUCUCCUCCCUCUCUACCUCAACUCCCAGAUCCUCCGUGCCCUCCAGGAGUCCCUGGCCAGUGAGCUCGCUGCCCGGAUGAGCGCCAUGAGCAACGCCUCCGACAACGCCGUGGAACUCAGGCGUUCCCUUUCUAUAGUGUACAAUCGUCAGCGGCAGGCCAAGAUCACUGGAGAGAUCUUGGAGAUCGUCGCCGGCGCCGAUGCCCCUCAGUUAAUCUGGUUCGUCUUCAACCCUAAAACCUAA